AUGAUGAGGCCCAGCGCGCAGAGGGAUGCAGGCAUUACAGACAAGCAAGCACACGAGAGAUUGGUGUUCCUCUUUGGGGCUGCUAUAGGGUUGAACAUCGUCCUUACGUCCAAAUCAGGAGAAAAGUUUGAGGGUCUGUUGUCCGGCUCGUCACUCACACCAACCAGCACGAGGAUAACUCUCAAAAUGGUUAGAAAAAUACAACCUGCUACCUCAGGCCAGGCAAACGGUGUAGCAACUCGGGAAGCGGCCUUAGUUGGUUCGAGUCCAGAGUAUGCAAUGAACUUUGAUCUGAAGGAUACUGCCGAUAUGACCAUUGCCGACUUUUCUUUACCUGAGACCUCGAAACUCACCAAUGGCUCUACCUCAACCUUCCAGACUGACACCGAUAUCUCUGGCAAUCAAGCUCGGGGUGAACGGGAAUUACAAAGAUGGGUGCCGGAAGGACCAGACACCACUGACUACUCAUUAGGGUCGGCAAAUACCUCUACUUGGGAUCAGUUUGCCACCAACUCUCAGUUGUUCGGUGCUAAGAGCACCUACGAUGAAAACCUCUAUACAACCACCAUUGACCGCAACGCGCCGUCCUACAAACGCCGAGAAGCUGAAGCUGAAAGGAUCGCGCGGGAGAUUGAAGGUUCAACAUCGACAAAUGCACAUAUUCGCGAGGAACGUGGUCAGGCUCUCGAGAAUGAUGGCGAGGACGAGGAAGAGAAAUACAGUGGAGUUCGUCGUGACGAGCAGUUAUAUCCACCACUGUCCGUUGGCGGAGCGAAUAAGUAUACCCCUCCAGCGAGGCGUGCGCCUACUGCCCAAGCAACAGUUCCAGGAGCGCCUGUAGACCCCGCUAUCAUAUCCGCGCAACUUUCUCGACCAGAACCCGGCACGGGGAACUCGCAAAAAUCGAGGCACGAAAAAGAUGGACCCGUUGCUGCCGAGAAGAGUACAACCACUGCGCCAGACAAGCCGGUAUCUGAGCUAAAUGGUACGGCGUCAACACAGAACACUCAAUCCGACAAGGUCGUCAAACCCGCUACUCCAGCGACUCCUGGCAAGGUUGAGUACGCGAAUAUCGAGCAACAACCCAGCAACAAAGCUGUCUCUCAGGGCUCCACUGAAAACGUUGAAGUUAAAGUCCUCCACCAAUUCCGCCAAUUCGCUGAUAUCGAGAAGCAAAGGGUUAUUGAGAGGAGAAAGGCUCAAGCUAACCAAGAUCGCGCUGCUAAGUUGAACGAACUUCUACGCUUCUCGAAGACGUUCAAACUCAAGACUCCGAUUCCGAAUGAUCUGAUCGGCAUCCUGGCCAAAGAUCCGGCUAAGCAAGAGGCUAUCGUCGAAAAAGCACAAAAGGAGUCUAGCGAAUCGACAUCAACUGCUAAGCCGAGCCCUUCGCAAGCCCCAGUGGCUAGCAACACCACCCGCAAAGCCGAUGUUCCACAACCUCAACCACCUAUACCGGAACGACAAGUGUACCAUCGUGGUCGUGGAGGAUUUCAACCAGCUGGCCGGUCUGACCGGCCCGCCGGCCAGCAACAGCCACCACCUUUCCCCGGUCGAAACAACAGCGCUCCAUAUCAAUCAAGAUUUGGUGCACAUCAGCAGGACCGCAAAAGCAUUCAGCCUCCUUCCAUUCCUGCGCCGAUUCCCAUUAUUGAAGGACGUGUACCGCCAACUGGACCCAUGGCCGAACAAACUGGGAUGACCAGCCCACAAAGAUCCAACAUGCAUACUCCCAAUUCGGCCAUUUCUGGGAAAUUCAAUCUCAACGUGAAAGCUUCCGAGUUUCGUCCAACUGCGGCAUCCUUCAAUCCAGCAGGUCCCUCGCAAACACCUUCGAGCCCCGGCUCAGCGCAACGUGCGGGUUCUAUCUCCCGAACAGCCUCGCCCUCAGUGUUCUUUGGUAACCGAAAGCCAAAACCGGCUGCUCAGAGGCCGUCUAUUGCCAAAGACUUCAACCCAAUCGUUCGUAUGAAGGCAGAGUAUGCUCCGAAGAAAUUGUCAGAAGGUGCGAAGACCGAAGAGGUCCAAAAGGACUAUAGUAACAAUGGAGGUAUACCAAACGCUUACCAAACGGGACCACGAUGGUCUGUCAAGCCUGAGAACGACCAAAAGACUUACGAGGAAGUAUUCGAACAGCCAGCGGCACUUCCUGUGAUCUCGCCAGCUCAGAGCCGCUCAUCUUCGAGCCAUCAUAUUCCAUACCUAGGGCAGGGUAUGGCGAUACCUAAUGGCCCUGGCAACAUCCCACAUAUUUCGACGCCACAGCACGUACCACACAAUGGUCCACACCAGUUUCCUCAUCAAUACGAGGAUGCUAGUCAUCGAAUGCAAUAUGGUGCAGCGACGCCAGGCGUGUUCUCGUCGCCAAGCAUGGCUUCUCGUCAAGCUUCAGCCUAUGCUUCGCCCAUGGCGCACCCUGCCCAACUCUCUUACCAGUCUCAACCGUACUUUGGAACGCCUACGGGCCAGAUGCCCAUGCAAAUGCGACCCUAUCCGGGCACUCCUGGCAUGAUGCAUGCUCAGGUAGGGCAGAUGAGUGCGCCAAUGAUGGUGCAACAACCAUCGAAUGGGCCAUACAUGGCGGUGCCGCAGCAUUUCAACCACCAAAUGCAGAUGUAUUCGCCAAACCCAAGUCAAGUGUAUCCCCAGCAAAAUGGGGGUUACUCGAGUCCGGGACGGAUGGCGCCGAUGAUGAUGCAGCAAGGAUCGCAACAAGGCCAUCCACCUGCACCCAGCAUGAUGUUCAGCGUCUCUAACCAGGGAGCCGCGCCAAUGGCCUUCCCGCAACAACAAAUGGGGAUGCAUCGUGGCAGCUACGGAGGACAUCAAUACGGCUCUACACCUCAUCAGGGGUAUGCUAUGCAGCACCGAACCAUGAGUAGUGGAUAUGGCCAGAUGGCGCAAAAGAUGCAUCACCAAAUGCAGCCCCAUGGACCUGCGAUGAAUGGGCCCCCUCAAGGACCGGCAUAUGGUCAAAUGGAGGGAGGCCAGGACGACGGCAAGUGA